CCAUUCCUAACCUAAUUCAUUCUUGCAACGAGUGUCUGUCAUUUGUUUUCAUCUGGGUAGAAUUUUGAAAAAUAUAACAAAAUGCAGCCCCAAAUCUUGGUUCUGAAGGAGGGAACAGAUCAGUCGCAGGGAAAACCUCAACUUGUAUCCAACAUAAAUGCCUGCCAAAUCGUUGUAGAUGCAGUGCGAACCACAUUAGGCCCCCGGGGUAUGGACAAACUGAUUGUAGAUCAUGCAGGUAAAGCUGUUAUAUCUAACGACGGUGCCACUAUUAUGAAGCUGCUUGACAUUGUCCAUCCAGCGGCUAAGACGUUGGUAGACAUUGCAAAGUCACAAGAUGCAGAGGUUGGCGACGGAACCACAUCCGUGGUGAUCCUCGCUGGUGAAUUACUGAAACGAUUGAAGCCUUUUAUCGAAGAAGGAGUGCACCCUCGCAUUAUCGUGCGUGCGGUGCGUACCGCGGCCAGGAUCACCGUGGAAAAGGUCAAGGAACUGGCUGUGAAGAUCGAUAACAAAAAUCCCGAGGAGAAAAAGGACCUCCUUCAGAAGUGUGCGGCCACAGCGAUGUCAUCCAAGCUGAUCCACCAGCAGAGAGGACACUUCUCUAAAAUGGUGGUGGAUGCAGUGCUGUCUCUUGACGCCCCCCUGCUGCCUCUGGACAUGAUUGGCAUCAAGAAAGUGUCAGGUGGAGCCCUAGAAGAUUCUUUCCUUGUUGCCGGAGUGGCUUUCAAGAAGACAUUCUCAUAUGCUGGCUUUGAAAUGCAGCCUAAGAGUUAUGAUAACUGCAAGAUUGCCCUACUCAACAUCGAGCUGGAACUCAAAGCAGAGAGGGACAAUGCCGAGGUCCGUGUGGACAAUGUGAAGGAAUAUCAGAAAGUUGUGGACGCAGAGUGGCAGAUACUGUAUGAGAAGCUGGCCGCUCUGCAUGCUAGCGGAGCACAGGUGGUGCUCAGCAAGCUGCCUAUCGGAGACGUGGCCACUCAGUACUUCGCAGACCGUGAUAUGUUCUGUGCAGGCCGCGUGCCAGACGAGGAUCUGCGCCGCACGCAGCGCGCCUGCGGGGGCGCCAUCCUGUCCUCCGUGCGGGACUUGAUGCCCACAGCGCUUGGAUCCUGCGCACACUUCACUGAAAAACAGGUUGGUGGGGAGAGAUAUAACAUCUUCACUGGUUGCCCGGCCGCCAAGACAUGCACGUUGGUCCUGCGCGGCGGUGCCGAGCAGUUCCUGGAGGAGACUGAGCGCUCCCUGCAUGACGCCAUCAUGAUCGUGCGCCGCACCAUUAGGAACGAUGCAGUGGUAGCAGGCGGCGGCGCAAUCGACAUGGAAAUAUCGAAGCACCUUCGGGAGUAUUCAAAGACUGUGCCCGGUAAAGAGCAGCUGUUGCUCGGAGCUAUCGCUCGGGCAUUGGAGGCUAUUCCCCGGCAGCUUUGCGACAACGCAGGCUUUGACGCGACCACAUUGCUCAACAAACUGCGGCAGAAGCACCACCAGGGCGCUGUCUGGUACGGAGUGGACAUUCAGAAGGAGGACAUCGCAGACAACUAUGAGAGCUGUGUUUGGGAGCCUGCUGUCAUCAAAAUCAACGCGAUCACAGCCGCAUGUGAAGCCGCAGCUCAGAUCCUGUCUGUUGACGAGACAAUAAAGAAUGUGAAGAGCGGAGAUGGCGCUCCGAUGGCGGGCGGCCGCGGCAUGGGCAGACCCAUGAUGGGAUAGUUUUAGUAACUUAAUUAUUUUAAUUAUUCAUACUUGCGAUUGCUGGGAGUGACUCUGUUAAUGCUAACUUCCUGCCAUUAUUAUAUUUUCAGCUACAUAAUAUGUUUUAAGAUCUUCCUUAUAAAUUUAAACAUAAAAUGGCAGACAUAAGAGUUAUUUCCAGUAAGCACAGCGCUUUACUUGAGUAUUGUGAUUGAGAGUAACAGUUAACUCUAUGGACUGACACGAAAACAGAACACAACUAAGAAGUUAAGAUAAUUUUUCGCCUGCAUUACAUUUAAUAACAAUAAUGCUUUAUUAUAAUAAAAAUAUUUUUAAUCUCAACAUA